AUCCCAGAUAAACUCAAAGAUGGUUCCAAAGCCCCCUAAUUAAAGCCAAAUGGCUCGUCACUAAUUUCACCAAAAAAACGUAAAAAACCGGCUAUAUUACAAUUUGCAACGUCCAAACCCCAAAAGGCACAAGUUCGUCGCCGAUUGCAAACAACUCCUAAAACGAUAACAAAGGUCAUUCCAACUUCAAAUUAAAUCUUUUUUUUUUCUCUCUCCUCACAAAAUCCCCAUUCCUUCUCCUUCUUCGUUUCGCGCUCUUGAUGGAAGUCACAAUCUUCCGUCACCAGCCCAGAAUUUACCGUUUCAAAACCCUAAUUUAGCCCUAAUCCCCAAACGAAGCAAAAAAAGGAAAAGAGACCCUCUGACCUUCUGCUUCUCCAAUUCGCUGCGAACUUGGAUUGAAACGGGAACGAAUUGAGGAAAGGCAAGAUGUUUGGCGCGUGGAAUAAUAUAGCGAAAUCGGCUGAGGCGGGGUUUUCCCGGUGGGUGGUGAAGAGGAUGUUUAAAUUUUUGUUGAAGAAGAAACUUGGGCAAUUUAUUUUAGGGGAUAUUGAUUUGGACCAACUUGAUGUUCAGCUUACUGAAGGCACCAUCCAGCUCUCCGAUCUCGCCCUCAACGUCGAUUAUCUUAACCAUAAGAUCGGUCCAGCAGUAUCUUUGGUUAUAAAAGAGGGGUCUGUUGGCUCUUUAUUAGUUAAAAUGCCUUGGAAAGGUAAAGAAUUUCAAGUUGAGGUUGAUGAACUUGAGCUGUUGCUUGCCCCUUGUUUGGGUAAUCAUUUCUCAAGUGCAGAUGAAACUUGUAGUUCCAGUGAUGAUGGUAACCAUUGCAUGCAAAGCGACUUGGGGAAAUUGUCAAAUGAUGCGGCAGGAAGUGUUGGGAAGUCUGAUAAUGUCCAUGAAGGUGUAAAGACAAUUGCAAAGAUGGUAAAAUGGCUUCUUACAAGCUUUAAUGUUAAGAUUAAUAAGUUAAUAGUUGCAUUUGAUCCAUCUCUAGAGAAGGGUGAAAAGGUGGGCUUCCAUAAGACUUUGGUGCUUCGGAUAUCAGAAACAGAAUGCGGAACUUGUGUUUCUGGAGAUGCUGGUUUAGGUGAUGAAGCUAGAGCUCACAGUUUUCUUGGAAUUAGCCAGCUUACAAACUUUGUUAAAUUCCAAGGAGCAGUACUUGAGCUCCUUCAGAUGGAAGAUGUUGACAAUCAAUCUUGUGCUCCAUGUACAUCAGGAAUGACAUUUUCUGGAGUGCAUUUUGAUUGCUCACCAUCAAAUGCUGCUAUUCCAAUCAUGUCAGGGAAAAGAGGUGGAUUUUCAGGGAAUUUGAAGCUAAGCAUUCCGUGGAAGGAUGGUUCCUUGGACAUUCGCAAAGUGGAUGCAGAUGUUUCCAUUGAUCCAGUAGAAUUAAGAUUUCAACCUAGCAUAAUUAAAUGGUUUUUACUUUCAUGGGAAACUUACAAGAACUUUGACAAGGUUGGGAAGAAUAUUAUGCAUCAUGAGACAGUAGAUUCUAUAUACUUAAAUUCUUAUUCUCAAUUCCAAUCAUCAGCACCUGUUUCUACUGUGACUGUCACUGAUGAAGUGAUGGCAAAUCAGGGUAGUUUUUCUGCAGACUGUGCUUCCUUGCACGUGCAAGAAUCUGUAGCUGAAGCUAUGCUACCUGGUUCACAUCUUAUACCUAAUUGGAUACCAAUUUCUGUUGGCAAAAACCAGAGAGACUGUGUUGGAGAAGAAGUUGAUUUUGGGGCAAGUGUGGACCAAUUUUUUGAGUGUUUUGAUGGAAUGAGAAAUUCACGAUCAGCUUUGGGAAGCAGUGGAAUGUGGAACUGGACAUGUUCUGUUUUCAGUGCAAUAACUGCUGCAUCCAGCCUUGCAUCUGGAUCUUUGUAUAUUCCUUCUGAACAGCAGCAUGUUCAAACUAAUCUUAAAGCGGCCUUUGCUGGAAUUUCUAUUGUGUUGUCAUUUCACGAUGAAGAUCCGGAUAAUUUGUGUGAUCUAAUCAAUAUCAGUUCCAAUAUUCAUUAUUUGGGCAUAGAAUGCAGGGAUAUCUCUCUUGUUGUGCAGGUAUGUCCUCAAGAAAUGAGGUUUGAAGGAACAAUGGAAUAUGUUGAAGGUGCUGAUUGUUUGUGCCGUAAGAAGGAUGGAGGGGAUUGUAGCAAUAACAUUGACAGUAAAACCCUUUCAAUCAGAGAUCUGCAAGAUGAAGUUCAAUGUGCUCUCCCUCUGUUUUCCUCAUCAUCUGGAAAUCAAUCGUCACAUGUAUUCCGCAGGUUAGCUUCUGUUGAUCUUCCACUCAGAGACAAGGGUGAUAUAGUCAAAAUAAUGUUGUUUACAACCUCUGGUGUCACUCAUUUCCAAUGUACUGUGAGUUCUAGUUCAUCAGGUGGUGGUUUUUUGGGGCGGUCAUCUUUUUCAUUGGAACUGCCACCUCUUAUCAUUUGGUUUAACUUCUGCUUGCUAAAGAUGUUAUCAGAUCUCUUGAAGGAAGUUGGAAAAUCUAUUGAAAUGGGUAGUAAUAACAACAAAAUCUCUGAUGCUUGCAAAGAAAAGUGUAAAUCAUCGCAUCCACAUUUGAAAAGAGGUUCUGGCACUAGCAUUACAACCUUGUCUUCAGCAGAAACUUUGCGAGGUAACAUAUCAAUCCCCAAUGCAAGAGUAAUUCUGUGUUUCCCUUUUAAGAAGGGUGAAGAUGAUGGAGGAUACUCUUCAUGGGAUCAAUUUAUUGUUCUUGAUAUUUCUUCACCAUCACAAUCUAAGGGUGGAAUGCCUCACAAUAGUCCACAUUUUGACGGAACUUUGCGGAAACAGUUUUCCUCAUGUGGCACACGAUCUUUGCAUGUGAGCAUUGGUAAUCUUUGCUUUUACUCAGUCACAUCUGCACAUAAAGAUGGUGUUGGUAUUGACUCUGGUAGUACGCUGAGGCAUAAAUUUUCUGCUCAGAAAAUUUUAUCUGUCAACAACCAGACUGGUUGUCUUUCUGUCAUUAGUAUGUUUUGGCAGGAAGGUCCUGUGACUGGCCCUUGGAUAGCACAGAGAGCCAAGUUCUUAGCAACGCUAGAGGACAAUAGGAGCAGAAAUAAAUCCAUGGGAAAAGGUUACGAGUUUGCCACUGCUACUACUCUGAAAGAUCUUGAUGCCAUAAGUGCUCAAACCCGACAGCAGAUAAUUUUGAGCAGUACAUGUUUUGUUAACAUUCAUCUGUUUCCUGUUAUAGUUGAUCUAGAUAGUUCACAGUAUAGUGGCUUGCAUAACCUUUUAAAUCAGAUGAUUACUGGAUUAUCGUGUUUCUCAUGUAAUGCAACUGGUAGCAAAGAAGAGAAUACCUUGUCUCAAACUUCAGUUUUUCUGGAAUGUGAUUCUGUAGAAAUUUCGAUCAGACCAGAUGCUGUUGAAAAUGUGAAAGGUCCAAUGCAGAGCGAACUUCCUGGUUCAUGGGUUUAUCUAAAACUGAAACUUCAGAAAUUUGAUUUCCUAUAUGUCUCAAAUAUUGGUGGUAUUAGGGGUUCCAGUUUCCUAUGGUUAUCCCACCGUGAAGGUACAUUAUUUGGUUCAGUCUCUGGGGUUCAAGAUCAGGAGUUUCUUUUAAUCUCAUGUAGUGACUCUACAAUGAAACGUGGGGAUGGAGGAGGUUCAAAUGCUUUAUCUUCUAGGUUGGCUGGUUCAGAUAUCGUACACUUCUGGGAGCCAGAGAGCUGUGAAGAUUUUACAUCUAUAACUGUGAGAUGCAGCACAAUUGUUGCGGUAGGUGGUCGUUUGGAUUGGAUGAAUGUAAUAUGCAACUUUUUUAGUUUGCCCACAGUAGAUCCCGAACAAUCUGUUGAUAAUAGUUUACAAAAGAGAGAUUUAGACACACCCCCUCAUGCAGCUUCUUUUGUUCUUAAAUUGGUUGAUGUUGCCUUGAGUUACGAGCCCCACUUAAACAACUUGGCUAUACAUGGUGAAAUUCUUGAUUCAGUGUCUGCUUCUUCAAAUGCCAAAGAAGACAUAUCUGAGCCCUAUGUAGCUUGCCUGUUAGCUGCAUCUUCCUUCAGUCUUUCAAAUUCAGCACCAGCAGAUUCCCUGGAUGAUGAAUAUAAAAUUAGCGUACAAGAUCUGGGUCUUCUUCUUUGUGCAUCUUCAGACUCUGACAAACUUGGGGGUAGUUAUAGUGCUGAACAACUUAAUCAGGAUGGUUAUGUUAAAGUUGCUCGGGAGGCACUUAUUGAAGCUGUUGUGAAAACUAACUGUAACAAUGGCCUUCUCUGGGAGGUAGGGUGUUCUAAAUCUCAAAUUUAUGUGGAAACCUGCCAUGAUACCACAUCUGGUUUGAUUCGCUUGGCUGCUCAACUCCAACAGUUAUUUGCCCCUGAUAUGGAGGAAUCAAUUGUGCACUUGCAAACACGGUGGAAUAAUUUUCAGCAGGCACAACAGAGGAAUGAUGAGGAAAGUAGAGUCUCAAGUUGUGACUGUGGCCCAUCAGCUUCUCAAACUCAUCCUGCUAAUGUAGAUUUAGACAGUAAAUAUGGGGUGGUUGGCUUGAUGGAUGAGAUAUGUGAAGAUGCAUUUCACUUGGAUGGAAAUGAGACCUUCCACUUUAAUUCUUCUGAGUCACAAUGUCACCUUCCCCUUGAGGAAAGUGCUGUUGAUGAGACUUGUAGCUUUAGCUUUGAAAAUGCUGAGAUGUUUUCUCACGAUCCACCUGUUAAUGGGAUAGGUCUUGAAAGUAGUCAAAGUUCCUUUCUAGAAAAAGGUUACUUCCCAGAAUUCAUAGAAGGUUACUGUCAAUCUGAGUUACGCCUCCUUACAGAAUUAUCUACAGGAAUAAAUUCAUUACAUGAGGUCCUAAAGUACAGAUCCAUACAUUUGGGGGAGGGAGAUUUUGGAAGAGGGAAUGGUGGAUGGUAUGACGAUGCUUCAUUAAGAAUUGUAGAAAAUCACAUUUCAGAACCAUGUGGACAAGCUGGUUUGAAACAAACUGUGGAAGGCAAGCUUUCAUAUAGUGACUGUAGUGUACCUAAUAAUACAGUAAACAUCAUAGGACGUGUACUUCUUAAGAACAUUAAUGUUAGAUGGAGACUGUAUGCAGGCUCUGACUGGCGUGAAACUAGAAAGAGUGGUAAGCAGACCAAAAAUAUUCAUGGAAGGGAUACAACUGUAUGUCUAGAGCUUGAAGUAUCUGGGAUGGAAUUUCAAUAUGACAUUUUUCCAGCUGGUGGAAUAUCUGUGUCCAAGCUUUCUCUUUCAGUCCAUGAUUUUUUUCUUUACGACAAGAGCGUAGAUGCUCCUUGGAAACUGGUGCUAACAUGCUAUGAUUCAAAAGAUCAUCCUAGGGAAUCCUCUUCAAAGGCAUUCAAGCUGGACCUAGAAGCUGUCAGACCGGAUCCUUUUACACCACUUGAGGAGUACCUGUUACAAAUUGCUUUCCUUCCCAUGUUGUUAGAUCUUCAUCAAAGCCAACUUGAUUUUCUCAUCAGCUUUUUUGGUGAAAAAAGCUCAUCAAUUGACCAGUCUACAGGUUGUCCUCAAGAUCCUGAUUUGUUGGUAAGGAAGAGCUGUAAUCUUGCUGGCCAUGCCAUUGCAAAUGAGGCAUUGCUCCCUUAUUUUCAGAAGUUUGAUAUAUGGCCCAUUCUUGUUCGAGUUGACUAUAGGCCCCGCAAUGUUGAUAUGGCAGCACUGACAGGUGGGAAAUAUGUGGAACUUGUAAACAUCGUUCCAUGGAAGGGAGUUGAGCUAGAACUUAAACAUGUUCAUGCUGUUGGUGUCUAUGGUUGGGGCAGUGUUUGUGAAACAAUUAUAGGGGAGUGGCUGGAGGAUAUUUCUCAAAAUCAGAUUCAUAAAGUAUUGCGUGGCCUUCCUACUGUCCGAUCCUUGUUUGCUGUUGGUGCUGCUGCUACAAAGCUGGUUUCAUUGCCACUCGAGAGCUAUAGGAAAGAUCAGAGGGUGCUGAAGGGAAUGCAAAGAGGUACAAUUGCAUUCCUUCGACGUAUAUCACUUGAAGCUGUUGGACUUGGUGUGCAUUUGGCUGCAGGGACUCAUGACUUUCUGCUUCAGGCUGAGUGUAUGUUCACAAGUAUCCCUCCUGUAUCAUGGCCUUCACAAGGCAAGACAAAGACAAAUGUGAGACAUAAUCAACCUAAAGAUGCCCAACAAGGAAUUCAACAGGCUUACGAGAGCAUCAGUGAUGGGCUUGAGAAAUCUGCUUCUGCUUUGGUUCAGACACCAUUGAAACAAUACCAACGUGGAGCCAGUGCAGGUUCUGCAUUGGCAACUGCUGUUCGAGCAGUUCCUACAGCUGCUAUAGCUCCAGCUUCUGCUUUUGCAAGGGCAUUACACUGUGCUCUACUUGGACUCAGAAAUAGCCUUGAUCCUGAACGCAAGAAGGAGUCAAUGGAGAAAUAUUUUGGUUCCACUCUGCCGCAGGAUCCAAAUUAAUCAUGUAGCCUAUAGUAUCAGUUCUGGAGCAUUGUGAUUGACUGAAGAGUGUUCUUUCCUCAACAAGAACAGGGGUUGCCAUUUACCUCGAUUUUUCUUGGCGAAAGUUCUACUUUUCAUGUAUACAGUCGAUUCUUGAAAUGCACUGAUUCUUUCCAUCGGUAAUCUGCUUGUUCCAGGUGUACAGUCGAUUCUUGAAAUGCAUUGAUUCUUUCCGUCGGAACAGGAAGCGGCGGUGAAUUUUGUACAAAAUGUAAAUUAUGAGCGAGCUUUUAGCUUCACAGAUGAGUUUAAUAAUCAUGGUCUUUCCCAGUAAAGUAGUGAGGUGUACAAUGUUAUUCUUUUCAAGCCUCAGGCAGGCACCGUGCUUAUGUAUUGCUUCCGUUUGUUGUAAAUAAAUUCUUCGUCAUAUUUGUUAUUAUUAAAAAAAAAAAAA